GGCCCAAUUAAUCCCAAUUCCCCCCUUCUCUCUCUCUCUCUCUCUCUCUCUCUCUCUCUCUCGAACGUUUCCUUUCUUCAGUUCUUCCUCUUCUUUUAGGAGUUUUGGGAGGAUUAAGGGUUUUCUUUUUUUAAAUUAAAAUAGAAAAAAAGAGGAAUGGGUUCGUGUGCUUCGUUGCACAAGGACCAGGAAACUCUAAUGAAUAGGCGCCUUGUGAAUUCGUCGCCGGUCAAACUCCAAAUCGCCGCCGCAAGUGCCGUUGACCACUCUAAGUUUUCCGACACUCUGCCUCCGCCCCUCCCCCUACCGGCGGCUUCUGUUGACUUUGGUAGCAAAGAUGAAUCAUUUUUUGAUUCUCAACUCUACUUUGAGUCUGAUUGUGAUGAUGACUUUCAUAGUGUUAAAGGAAAUUUCACGCCGUCCAGAGGGAACACGCCGGUCCACCAUAGAUUUCCAGCGGGAGGGACGACAGUACUUAUGAGUGACAGAAUUCCCAUUUGUACCCCUCCUAUAACAUCUCCAACUGAUCACAGUCAGAAGAAGAGCCUUGCAGACUUUUUCAGAGAAAGUUCUUGGGGUGGGGCUGAAGAAGAAGAUGAAGAAGUUGGUCAUGCUUUGGAUUCUUCCAUGAACGCCGCCACUAAAAGGUCCACUCCGGGAUCAUCGGCUUUUUGUUCCUCCGCAUGUAGUAGUAGUAGAACUACUGCUACCACCACCACUACUACUACUACUACUACUGCAAGUCAUAGCCAAGAACUCAAACUCUCCGUUUCAUCGGAAUCGCGAAAACAGGGACAAUGUUGUCUUCCUGUUCCGAGGUUGCUUUCCCGGCGUAGCUUUGGCGCGGAGAAGAAGAAUACGCCGCCGCGCGAAACUAAAUAGCCCAUACCCAUAGGUAAUGGGGGAAAGAGUAUAACCCAAAUACUCUCUGGGUCCCAGUAUCGAUCAGCGGCAUUUGGGAGGAGGUAAAUUGAGUUAUAAGUCUUGUUUGGGAACAUCAUUUUUAGUUGUUGGCAUUUUCGAUUAUUUUGGUAUUGGUGCAUAUUAAUCUUGAAAAUGUUAACAGUAAUGGAUACCAUUAGACCAUGUAUAGUCAUGGAACCCUGAUGGGGUGUUAUUCGUCAUGUGGCAGCCACCUCAUCGGCGGCUCCAUAACCUUAAAAUGAUGUAGUACAUAAAGCCUUAAAAUGAAUGCGAGGCUUAUGG